UAAUGGGUGAUUCCAAACAAGGCCCACGGGACUUUGAGAUGAGGAAAGCUUAUCCCAAUGUGACCUCGUGAUAAGACUUGUACCUGAGUUACCAUCGAUAGAGAUUACUAUGGUUUUGAAGAUGAUCAAUUUAAUAAUAUUUACCUUGGCAACGUGUGAUAUCUUGUUCCCGGAAGUUGCCGCUUCCCCUGAACAGAAGCAGUUACUCGAGGACCUCUUCAUCAACUACAGGUACAACAAGAUUGCCAGACCUGUACUGAAUGAAAGUAGUCGCGUCAACGUCACAGUCGAGCUCUAUGUCGGACAGAUCAAUGACGUGAACGAAAAAUAUCAGACUUUGAGUACAAUGGUGUGGCUGACACAGAGAUGGCGCGAUGAGUACCUGAUGUGGGAACCCAGAGAUUAUAAUAAUUUGACUGUUCUCCGUAUACCCGCCAGCAAGAUAUGGCUUCCUGAUACUGUACUCUAUAACACUCGGCAAUCAAACAACGACCAGCUCAUGACAGUCGAGACGCUGACCAUCGUCAAAAGCGACGGUUCCGUUGACUGGAGUGCCCCCCUCACCAUGAUCAGCGAAUGCGGCAUCAACGUGUACUACUAUCCCUUCGACCAGCAGGAGUGUACUCUGAAGAUGGGAUCGUGGCAACACGACAGGAAGUUCAUCGACUAUCUCGAUGGUGCGGCCGAUUCAGCGACUGAACAGCACAAUGGAGAAUGGGACACCACCAGUAUCAAAGCUCAUAGCAAUAUCAAAGUUUACUCAUGUUGUCCGGACAAGGAGUACCCGGAUGUCACUUUCACCAUUAACAUUAGUCGGAAGCCCCUCUUCUACGUCGUCAACCUGAUCGUCCCGUGCGUCAUGAUAUCAAUGAUGUCGGUAUUGGAGUUCAUCCUCCCCUGCAACUCUGGUGAGAAGGUAUCGUUGGGGAUCACCGUUCUCCUGUCUCUGACCGUCUUCAUGCUCGUGAUCGCAGAGAACAUGCCGGCGACAAGCGACACUAUUCCGGUUCUUGCUCGAUACUACAUCAUCACGAUUUUCCUGGUGUCAUUCAGUACGGUCAUGACCGUUCUGGUUCUUAGCCUUCACCACCGCCGCUCACCAGUACCUCGUUGGGUUCGCCACGUGUUUCUCCGUGUCCUCAGCAGUCUACUCUGCAUGAAGGUAGAGUCCUCUAAGAACGCAUCAGGAAGUCUCUACGGUCGGCCGACCGGUCCUGCUGGCGUCCACAGCUCUGGGAUCCACUUCGAGCUUGUGCCGCAGAUCAGCAACAACGAGUCUCUCUCCGCUUCGGCAACGGACUACGCCCUCAAAGAAGAGACACUGCUCGGGUCUGGAGACCUCUGCAAUGAUCUUGAUGGUGGCGGCCUCCACGGCCGUUCAGGAGGAACAACGGGGCUCGGAACAGGUGGUGGAGGUCGGGGGAAGGCGGAUAGUGGCAGUUGCCAUCGUCCUUACAGCUGGAAGGAUCGUUCGUUCAUGGAUAUCCAGAAUAAUGUCAAGUUCCUUGCUAGUCGGUACGCUGAUCGCGACCAAGAUGAACAGAUUACUUCGGAUUGGCAGAAUGUGGCAAGGGUGGUCGACCGUUUCUUCCUGAUUAUCUACAUAGUUUGUGUUGUUCUUAUGGACGUUGUAAUGGUCCUUCAGGUUAAGUAGCUAAUUCGGUUGUCUAGUAAUUUACACUGUUUGAAUGUUCUCAUUUUCGCAAUAACAACCUUGUUGAGACGUUGCGUUAUCACCAUGGAUACCGUAUGACGUGUGGUGAUGUUUUGCAUAUUUUUGGUUUAAUCAAUGUAUCAAUAUUCAUUCACAAUGCAUACUGGUUAAUAAUUUGAAAAAAUAAAACAGCAGUCUAUCUUCAUUUGUAAAAAAUCAUAAACGAACGUGUUUGAAAUAAUGACCAUUAAGGUUCAGGCAAACUGGCCAUUUACCAUUAGUAAUUCCAUUUUUGUAUGGUAAUGUCAUAGAAUGGUUUAUACAUCAGUGAUAUAUUUCAACUAGUAAAUGAUGUUCGUUUUUUGUUCUAUACUACCAAUAAAUCAUCACAUUUAUCAAACUUAUUUUAAGUUAUUCUCGACCACUUGCUAUCAAUAUUCCUAAUAAAUCAUCGCAUUAUUGUAUUACGUUAUUUUCGACCUCUUGAUAAUGAUUAGCCAUUCUCAAGAAUGUCGUGGUGGCGCAGCAGGUGGGUCCAAGGUUGUGGGUUCAAAACUCACUGGUUGUAAUCUUGGAAUUACAUUUCCCCAUUUAUUUUCUCUUUUGAAAGUCUAAGAUGAGAAACCUGAAUCUAGGGGUAAAAGGGAUUCGUUUCCUAGCUAUACUUAGAGAUAUAUCCAUAACAUUCAUGCAUCAAAAUCCAGAAAUAGUUUAUUCCUUACUUCAGUACGUGAAUGUCAUAUUUUUUCUCUUCCGAAAUAACAUAAUCCUUACUUCAGUACGUGAAUGUCAUAUUUUUCUCUUCCGAAAUAACAUAAUCCUGAUAAUUAGUCACUAAGUAAAGUGUAUUAUAACAAGGUUAUGUGUACUUAUGUACAUCUGGUAAGCAUUUCGACUGAUUUCUCUGUAGUAUUAGUAGUAUUUCAAAUAGAAUAGAUAGGCAUGCAGAACCUGGGGUAGAAAAUUUGUUUUCUAGAAUAACCAUCUGCGGGACGGAUUUUGUUAUAAUAAAAAAAUGAACAACAUUGUUUUAGAUAGCUUUGCGGUGUUUUGUUUGAUAUUGAUUUCAUUUUUUUUUCAUUUAAUAUCUGAUGUAUGUUUGUUUCCAUAAUGCUGUGCUACAUAAUUAUUUUUUCACAUUCGAAUUCAGUGUCAAAUGAUCAAUUUAAUCAAAUUUAUCCCUUUUCAAAUAUUGUUUUUUUUCAAUAGUGAAACCGAACAAAAACACAUGUCACCAGGAACUUGUAACAGUUUGAAUAACAGUCUUUAUUUUUGGUCUAAUUUUUACUUGUGUAGAUAUGCCGAUAUACUGUUGUGUCAGUAGGCAGUGGACAUAAUAACCAUUCACAGCAAAAAAUUUCGUUGACAUGCAAUGAUAUUUACUCGUAUACAUCAAUUCAUUAAAUAAAAAAGAAAAUGAUGAUGAUAAUAAUAUAAUAAUAACAACGAUAUAAAUAGCAACAAUG